UAGCAUCCUGCACAGAGCAGGCAACAUCCAUCAUGGCCUCGACCGACCCCCUCGACCUCCUCCGCCAGUCGAUUGCGACGCCAAGUCUCGCAGCGGCGCUGCUGACCGACGCCGGCGCACCAGCGGACGCCCUCCCCGAUGCCUCGUCAUUCUCGUUCCCCCAGCCUGAUGGCAAGGACGCAGUCAUCGUCCCAAAGGACGCGCCAACGCGCUAUGCACGCACGGAUGCGCGCGACGACUUCUACUCGGUUGGCCAGCUGUGGCUCGCGUGGACGGAGCGCGACACUGGUGUGCGUGAAUACCUCAUGAAGGGUCAGGCCGCUGGUGUCGGUUACGUCGCGAUCACGGACAGGCGUGGUGUCGUCGACUUCCUGCAGGGGUCGUCGGAUGGUGGUGUUCGUGUGCUGGGCAAGGGAGAGGACCCGAAGGCGGCAGCGGCGGCCGCUCCAGCAGCGGACACUGCAGCGGCACCUGCGUCGGCCGAGGCUGGUCCAUCGAGAAGCGCCCCAGCAGCCAAGCGCAAGUACGAGGUCAACAUUGCCGACCGCGAUUUCUGCAAGAAGCUGCGUGCCGAGGAGGUGGAGCUCAAGGACCGGAACACGGUGCUGCGCGUCUCGAGCGGCGGCAAGGUCAACAACUUCUCGUCGUUUGUCCAGACGGUGAUGAACGAGAAGAUUAGAGCGUCCCAGCAAGCCCUUAAGUCUGGGCGCUCGCAACCACAGCAGCCCGUCGCUGCCGACCCGAGCCGGAAUGCCUCUCGCCAGAAGCGCUCGGCACACCCCAUCAUUCUCAUCUCGUCGUCGCCGACGUCUCUGCUCACCAUGUGGAACGUCAAGAAGUUCUUGGAACAGGGAAUCUUUGAGCCUUCAGAAACAGCACGGCAAAACGAGAUGGCGCAGGGCAACAUUCGGUCCGAGGACAUGAUCCCGAUCCUGCGGAAGCGCAGCAGUCCAACGGGCGAGACACAGAUAAAAUACUACGUGGUGGACAGUGUCGAAGCGCUGCAGAAGUUUGGUGUCGACGCCUGGGACCGUGUCAUCUGCGUCGUGACAACUGGCCAGGCGUGGCAGUUCAAGCCGUACAAGUGGAUGGACCCCAAGGUUCUCUUCCGGAAUGUCAACGGCGCCUACUUCCAGUGGCACAACGAGGCGACCAACCCCACCAUCAAAGACUGGAACGUGACCGACUUCAAGAUCGACAAGUUCAAGCGGCACACGGACAGGCAGGUGGUGGCCAAGUUCUGGAACCUGCUUGACAGCGGGAAGCGGCGAUGAGCGAUAGAAAGGUGGAUGGCGAGUCAUAGCACGUUAGUAUGCAUGGAUGUAGC